AUGCUCACCAUUCUCCUUGCGGUAUUUGCCUUCUGGCUUCACGAUGCCUUGGCUCAAAGCUCAGGCUCAUGUCGCGCUGUGACUCAGCAUCUGAGUGACCCGCCUUACGACAAUUACUUCUACUCGGACUGCCAUAGCGACUCCCAGGUGGUGGUGACUAGCCCCCUACCGGACUCGAAUCUAUCAAUCAUCGGACCUAGGCUCAUCGUGGCAUGGCCAGCUGGCAACAGCGGGAUAUGUAUGUUUUUCCAACCUCAAAAUGGUCGCAAUGGCUCUCUGGGGAUUGAACUGGUCAACUCAACACUGGGAAGCCCCUUAGGACCUGUGUACAGAGAGAAUGCGGGCACCAAGUACCCUUAUGUCGGCGUCGAAGGCAUCAUCUCAUUUAACAGCUCUGCGACCCUGACCAUUCCUAUACUGGGCAGUAUUCGCACAAUUAGAGAUUUCACCGAAGGUCCAAGCCUUCUUCGUCCUACCAUUCAGGACGCGGUUAAUGCCACCAAGGCUAACGGGACAGGGGCAACGCUUUCUCGACUUUGGCUCGAUAAUGUCACCGUAUCUACCUUCACGUUGGUUCCACACCAAAAUUCCGGCACCAACAUCACGAUCCACCAGCAGAACAGGACACUCAGUUUCGGUGCGGGACUCUACAGCUUCUCGGCCAGUUUCAACUAUCCGCAAUUGACUCAAUUGGCACCGAGUCGUGUUCUCAAUUCUGCGUCGCAGCAGCUGAUCCAACAACAGCCAGAUCAAACCACUUCUCUUUCCUUCCUCUCGUACUCGGAGAAGCUGCUUGCUGGUGCUUGGAGGUUUUUGACCUAUUUUGGCAGAGAUAGCAUGAUAAGUGCACUUCUCCUCGAGCCAGUCUUGAGCCAGGGCAAUGGUUCGGCCACAGAAGCGGUUAUCGGUGCCGUACUGGAACGCAUCAACCGCACCGACGGAUCCGUCUGCCACGAAGAAACCAUUGGCGAUUACGCGACGUACCUGAACCUGCAAGAUAACCUCACCAGCACUGCUCCGGGCUUCACCUAUCCCAUGAUCGACACAGACUACUACCUCCCCGUGCUGAUGGCCCAGUACUUCAACAACAGCCCGUCACGGAUCUCUCCUCUUUUGCAACGUAGUGCCGGCUCCGUCGACAUCCAAAACCGCAACCUGACCUACGCCGACCUGACGCUGAUCAACGCCGAGAAGAUCAUGAACCAGACGGCCGCGUUCGCCAGGAACCAAACCCGGGCAAAUCUGAUCCACCUGAAGCCGGACGAGGUGGUCGGACAGUGGCGCGACUCGACCUAUGGCAUCGGCGGCGGCCGCAUCCCGUUCGACGUCAACACGGCACUCGUCCCCGCGGCUCUGCGGGCCAUAGGCCGACUCGCGCGCACGCCGGGGGUCUUCCCAAACGACAGUGCCACUGGUGUCAACGUCACCUCGUGGCGUACACUGGCAGACACCCGCGCUCAGGUAUGGGAGGACCAAACGCUCCGCUUCUUCGAGCGCAACGUGACCGCCUCCGCCGCCCGCGCCAGACUGCAACACUUUGUCGACACGUCGACCUUCUACGACGGACCCACGAACGCGUCAUCCCUGCCUUCGUCGGGCAACGUCACAAACUACGCAAUCUCGCUCGACGGGAACAACUGCCUAUCUUCCGUUGACGUGCUGCACAGCGACUCGGCGUUCCGUCUGUUCUUCGUCAACGCGACCCCUUCCACGCCCGACGCUCAAGCCCAAGAGACGCGCUUCAUCAACGCCACGGCGAACAGUCUCGUCCGCCCCUUCCCGGCGGGCCUCAUGACGCCGCAGAGCAUGGUCGUCGCCAACCCCGCCCUGUCUGGCUCCGACGUGCUGAUCGCGAACUUCACAAACGCCGCGUAUCACGGCACGGUGGUCUGGUCGUUUCAACUCGCCAUGAUGGCCAAGGGCUUAGAGCGACAGUUGGGUAGAUGCAACGGAUCGUCGUCGUCAUCGUCACCGUCGUCCGCCGUGCCCUCAUGGUGCAAUGAUAAAAGUGUCUACGGAACCGUCAAACGAGCGUACAACUUGCUCUGGGACAGCAUCGAGGCCAACGAGGCCCAGUUGCAAGGCGAGGUCUGGAGCUGGACGUAUAGCAAUGGCACGGGAUUCGUGACGACGCCGCUGGGCGUGUUGAGUUCAGGGACCGAGAGCGACAUCAGACAGCUUUGGAGUUUGACCUUUUUGGCUGUCAAGAGGGAUACGAAUUUGACCUGA